UUGAUAAAAUGUAAUACAGACCAAUUAUUUUAGAUGUUCUUAUCUUAUUGAAUAUAUAUUUAGAUAAUAACUUUUCUUUAAUAAAUAACUUAAAUUGGAUAAAGAAAUUAAAAAAAUAGACAUCAUUACGGUAUUUUAAAUGAUAUACGCAACAGAUUGUUACUCUGAGUAAAGUGAAAGUUGGAUGAAAUAACGUUUGUUUCUGUCAAAAAAUAUCGGCUAAAACAUUUUUUAUCUUUGGCGUAGUUUUUGUAGCCGCCAUUUUAACGUCACGUGUCGUAUGUCGAAGUUUGUUAAGACACUGAUUUAAGCAAAGCCAAUUAAACCACUUUGAGGAGUGCAAAAGUCGGUUAAUGGUAAUGUAAAUAUAUGAAAUAUAAAGCAGAUAAUAAUUCUAAACGAAACUUAAAAAUAACUAACUGUAUGUCAAUGUGGUUGAUAUUAAUACUGAAUGACAACUCUUUCAAUUUUGUGUGUAAGAAAUACUACAUAUUCAAUAGCUGUCUUAUUAUGUUACUAUAUAUGCAUAACUUGCACGUCCUAGAUUUCUAUUUAUCGAAGUCACGUGGUAGAACUACAUUUUUCUAACUUUAUAUUGCUGAAUAAUAGCGAAUAGUACGUGUGUUUGGGAUAUUGUGAGAUUUGAAUAUUGGUUUGGAAAAGAGAUGGAUGCCAAAAAUAGAGAAUGGAUAAGAUUAAUUGAAAGGAAGACGGAACAUUUGCGAUCUGCAUUUAUAGAGAAAGGUAUGACAGGCCUCUGUAAGACAAUACAGAAUGAGCUAGACAGCUGGAAAAAUGAAACAAUAAAUAUUGGAGUUCUUGGUGAGGCUGAAGCUGGAAAAUCAACUUAUAUAAAUGCUUUACGAAAUUUGGAUGCAGAUGAGCCAGGUGGAGCCCCCGUCGGAAAUACAAAUAUGACAUCAAAGAUACGUUCUUACGAUCACCCAAAUAAUAAAAACGUUCACAUUUGGGAUUUUCCUGGUGUUGGGUCCACAAAUAAUCCCAAAGAUGGAUAUCUGGAAAAGAUUGAAUUUGCGAAAUUCGACUUCUUCAUAAUAAUGACAUCGAAGAGGUUUUCCGAAAAUGAUAUAUGGCUUGCUAGAGAAAUAAAAAAGAAAAGAAAGAAAUUCUAUUUUGUUCGAACACAGUUUGAAGAUGAUGUAGAAAAUGAGAUGGAAAAAAAAGAAAACAAAGAAAUACAAAAGAAAGAUCUAGAGAGCAUAUUAAAACAAAAAGUUUAUGAGGAUUGUAAAAGGAAUCUUGAAGAAUUUAAAUGUGAAGAUAACAUAUUUGUUAUUGACAGUUAUGUAAAAAGUUCGUAUGAUUUUGAAAAACUGGAGACGCAUCUCAUUCACGAUGCUUUUAAUAUAAGUGACGGAAAGCAUUUGGCGAUCACAUCAUGUUUGACGGUGAUGACUUUACCAUCACUAAAAGAAAAGAAACUUGUUUUGGAAAAAAGAAUCCCCAAAAUCGCUUUACGUGCAGCAUUUGCGCUUCGUGUUAAAGAUACAGAUAUAAUGAUUCUGAAGGAAGAAAUGGAAUUCUACAAACAACAGUUCAAUCUAAAUGAAAGAUCCCUUCGAAGAGAUGCCGAGGUUUCAAACAUUAUGGAACGCUUGUCGAAAAUAGAAGAAAGUGUGCAGCAUAUUGAAAAAGAAUCAAAUGAAAUGGAAGAAUUGAAUGAAAUUGACAAGCUCAUGCCGUUUUUACCGGUCAUAAAUAUAAGAAAAACUUAUAAGGCAAGUAAAACAUUGUUACAAAAGGCACUUGAAAGAAUUUAUGAAAAGGCAGUUGAUGUCAAUCUAACUAUGAUGGAAGGACUGACACACGAUUGAUACAUCAUUUUCUUUUAAAAGUAUGUUUAAAUAUUUAUGCGAGUGCAAUCAAAUCGAUUCGGUUAUCAGCACAUUGUUUUGUUCAAUUUCAUAGAGAGUCGUACAAAUCGAGCAUGCCAGUUAUAAAUAAUUCAAAAAACAAAAAUAGAUUACCCCAAAACGCAAAAUAGAAAAUGUUACAGGGUUUGUUUACUUGAGCCUGUUCGUGGAUAACACUGGAAAGUGCAAUCUACCGCUCCAUCACCAAUAUUGGACAUCGUUGUCCAGAGAAAAACGAUUUUUCUUCUGAGUAUAUUGUAUUCAAGUUUUCCGUUUUCUUUAUACUACCAUGUUUCUGUUUUAAAAUGUUAUACAUCAUCUGAAAAUGUUAAUUUGUUCUUGUUUCACAAUUGUGCACAUUUUAUAACGUAUUUAAUACACUGUAAGCAAAAUGACUUCAAAAUAGCUGAAAAUUAAAUUGAGCAAGAUUCCUUGCAACAAAACUACACCUAAAAGCAACAGUAGAAAGUUCAGCUAUAUCUUAUUAAUGAUUUACAAUUCACUGUAACGCGAUUGAAGCUGGGUUUUUUUUUUGCUGAAUAAGAUCAUACAGGAAUUCUAAUGAAAGUCCAUUUAUACGAGUGUUUGAAAUAUAUUUAAAGUUACAUUUAAUAAAUUUCAUAAAAAACUAAAUAGCGACAUUUCAUUAAUAAAUUGGGUUUUAUAUCGAC